UUCCGUUGUAUUUUGUACUGAAGGAGUUUUGGGGUUCUGUCAUUUGUUCAAAGUCCGCGUCUGCUCGCCAUACGUUAUAAGAAAUGGAUAUUUGCUUGACAUCCGCUCUGUACUAUUUAAUAGCAGCUUUCUUAGUCGUUCAGUUGCUGCGUUUUAUUUUGGCGGACGCUGACCUCAUUCUUCUCUGGGCGCUUCUGGUUGGACACAGACCAGAGACCAAGCUGAAAGGCCUGGUGGUGUGGAUCACCGGAGCCUCCAGUGGCAUUGGAGAGGAGUUGGCUUACCAGCUGGCUCAAUGUGGGUCACGCCUCAUCUUGUCUGCUCGCACUGUGGACAAGCUAAACAAGGUGAAACGCAACUGUUUAGAGCGCUCUGACCUCCAAGAUGAGGACAUCCUUGUUCUUCCGCUUGACUUAUUGGAGAGGACGUCUCAUGAGGCGAAAACAAAGGCUGCCAUCCAAUACUUUAAAAAUAUUGAUAUCCUAAUUAACAAUGGCGGCCGGACCCAGCGGUCCCUGUUCUUGGAGGCCAGUGUUGAUGUGUACCAGGCUUUGAUGGACCUAAACUUCUUGGGUACAGUCUCCCUCACCAAGCAGGUUCUGCCCCACAUGACAAAACGUGGUAGUGGGGGCAUUGUGACUGUCAGCAGCAUAGCUGGCUUGGCUGGGCUGCCCCUGCAAACAGGAUACUGCGCCAGCAAGCAUGCUAUUCAGGGCUUAUUUAAUGCCCUUCGGGGCGAGCUGGCUGAGUAUCCAAAAAUACUCAUCAGCACAGUGUGUCCAGGCCCUGUGCAAUCGCAGAUCAUCCACAAUGCCUUCACAGAGGAUGUGAACAAGCCUAUAGCCUCAGUUGCCAGCCAGGAAUCCAAAAUGGAGACAAGUCGCUGUGUGCGUUUAAUGCUGGUGGGAAUUGCAAACGGCAUCAAGGAGAUGUGGAUCGCGCCGCAGCCCUUCCUUUUGUUUGUGUACAUGUGGCAGUAUGCUCCUAUGUGUGCCUGUUUCAUCACAAAGGUUUUGGGCAGAAGAAGGGUACAGAAUUUCAAAGCUGGUCUGGAUGCAGACUCAGUAUACUUGAUGAGGCCAAAGAUCUCCUGAAUGUCACACCAUGAAGAGGAAACGUGUCUCUACAUUUGAGUAGUUUGCUUGUCGUGGUAGUUUGUUUAGUGAUAUCAAUCAAUUUUAUUUAUAUAGCGCCAAAUCACAACAAACAGUUGCCCCAAGGCGCUUUAUAUUGUAAGGCAAGGCCAUACAAUAAUUACGUAAAAACCC